UGGAGACGUCCUGCAGUGACCGGCCAUGGGAAGGGGAUGCUCUGCCCCCUUCCCUGGCUCUGUCCCGAAGCCAGGAGCCUAUCUACUCUGAGGAAGCCUCGGGUCCUCGUUCUCCCUUAGACAUGGCCUCCAGUCGCAGUUCAGAUGCUGCUCGUCCUGUGGGCCAAGUGGACAGACACAUCCAGCUGCUGGUUCAUGGUGUAGGGCAGGCAGGUCCUGAGAUCACGGAUGAGCUUGUGCGAGUUCUGCGUCGGCGCCUGGAUGAAGCCACGCUGGAUGUCAUCACGGUCAUGCUUGUUCGGAACUGCAAGCUGACACCAGCUGAUGUGGAGUUCAUCCAGCCCCCCGGAAGUCUGCCCUCAGAGGUCCUGCAUCUGGCCCUGCCCCCCUCCUGCAGGCCCUGGCUUCCUGCCCUGGCCUGGUAUCUGCGGCAGAACCUGCUCAUCUUCCUGCACUCUCCUAAGUACACGGACAGCAACAGCCGGAACCACUUCCAACAUCCACUCCCACCACAGGGUGGCCUCCCUGACUUGGACAUCUACUUGUAUAACAAGCCUGGUGGACAGGGUACUGGGGGCAAAGGGGUCGCCUGCAUCACUGUAGCCUUUGUGGAUGAAGGAGGGGCCCCCAUAUCACUGGCAUUGUGGCCCCCCUCUUCUCCGGCACCCCCAGACCCACUGCAAGAGGAGGAAUUUGAGCAACUAACCCAGGUCAUUCGCUGCCCAGUCAUGCUGAACAGUUCUUCAGCUCAGAAUGGGGCCCCACAGCUUCGACUGGAUGUCUGGGAAAAGGGGAACAUUAGUAUUGUGCAGCUGGAGGAGAAGCUCCGAGGAGCAGCACGUCAGGCCCUGGCUGAUGCCAUUAUGGAACUUCGGCUGCUGCCAGCUUCACUGUGUACAGAGGAUGCACCCCCAGGAAGUCUCAGAAGUGGAUCGUUGGAAACCAAGAGCUCUGCAGGCCGAGCUAGCCCCUUUCCUCCUGCCCCUAUCCCUGGGGAACCUGUGACUCCACCCAGCAAAGCUGGCCGGCGUAGCUUCUGGGAUAUGCUGAGUAAAACGGAAUGUGGGGAUUUGGGUUCCCCCAAAACAACUGAUGACAUUGUCCUGGAUCGGCCAGAAGACACUCGAGGUCGGAGGCGUCAUAAAACUGAGAGUGUUCGGACUCCCGGUGGAACUGAACGGGCACCAGGCCCAGAUUCUGGAGCCCAGAGACAAAGACGCCGGACAACACAGCUAGAAGAGGGUGAGGUGGGGACUCUGAAUCCUGUGUUUGCCUGCGUCACUCGGCGUUGGAUGGAGUUUAUGGUUCAGAUUGGUUGCGCCUCAGUAUCCAGAAGCUCCACCCAUAUGGUGUCCCGUUUCCUCCUUCCAUCCAUCCUGUCUGAGUUCACCACUUUAGUCACUUCAAUGGCUGGAGACACCAGUGUUCGUGUCUUUGAGCAGCAUUUCAGGGGUUCAGAACCAGAGAUCUUCAAUCCUUGUUCACCUGGGCAGGUGGGCCCAGCUCCCCGCCCAGCAGCUGAACGGCACCUGCUGCUUUUGGGAAGGAAUUUCUUGCAGUGGAGGAGACCAACCCAGCAAGCUGCCAAAGCCAUGCAGCGCUUCGAGUCAGGAGGUGAUGGGAUCUCAGGGAGAAAUGCUCCCCGGCAGAGAUUCUUGCUACUGGAGGUCAUAGACAAGAAGCUACAGCUACUGACCUACAACUGGGCUCCAGACCUGGGGACGGCAUUGGGCCGAGCACUGGUUCGCCUUGUGCAGUGGCAGAAUGCACGGGCCCACCUUAUCUUCUGCCUACUCAGCCAGAAGCUUGGACUCUUCCAUCAUUAUGGCCAGUUGGACUUCCCAGUGCGAGAUGAAAAGGAGCCAAACCCAUUCCUACUACCGACCAUGGAAGUGGAGACUCUCAUCCGCUGUGCAAGCCCCCCGCUGAGCCGUGAGCAGGGCCGGCUGAGUGGGUCCUCUCGUGGUGGGGGUCCCCAUCCCCUGGACACAUUUCCCUUUGAUGAGGCCCUGAGGGAUAUCACAGCUGCCCGCCCCAGCUCCACAUUUGGUCCUGUGCCCAGACCUCCUGAUCCUGUCACUUACCAUGGACAACAGUUCUUGGAGAUCAAGAUGACAGAGCGUAGAGAGCUAGAGCGCCAGAUGAAGAUGGAGAACCUAUUUGUAACCUGGCAGCAGCGUUCUGCCCCAGCCAGCAUGCCCAUCAGUGCUGGGGAGCUGGAGACCCUGAAGCAGUCAUCCCGCCUCGUGCAUUACUGUGCAACAGCCCUGCUCUUUGACCCAGCUGCUUGGCUCCAUGGGCCCCCAGAGACCUCUGGGCCCCCUGAGGGGCAGCGGCGCCAUCGCCCUGAAUCAGGGUCUGGGAACCGAGAGGCCCCCGCAAGCUGUGAAUCUUUGGAUGUGCCUCCACCGGGAGCCCGUGAGGAACCUUGGCUGAAGGAGCUGAGCUUGUCUUUCCUGCAGCAGUACGUGCAGUAUCUGCAGAGCAUAGGCUUUGUGCUGGUACCACUGCGACCCCCCUCGCCCACCCGCAGCAAUAGCCGGCUGCGGGCCAUGGCUAUCCUUGGAACUGAGGGUCGAGGCUCCUUCUCCUGCCCUAAAACCAAGACUGAUGGAAGCCCCAAGAGUACUGGCUCUCAGGUCACCACCUACCAUUUGCAGCGGGCAUUGCCCGGGGGCAUCAUCCUCAUGGAACUGGCAUUCCAGGGCUGUUACUUCUGUGUCAAACAGUUUGCUCUGGAAUGUUCCCGAAUCCCAAUGGGGCAGGCUGUUAACUCUCAGCUGUCCAUGCUGUUCACAGAGGAGUGUGACAAGGUGCGGGACCUGAUGCACGUGCACUCAUUCAGCUACGACUUCCACCUGCGCCUCGUGCACCAGCAUGUGCUGGGUGCCCAUCUAGUGCUACGGCAUGGCUACCAUCUCACCACCUUCCUGCGACACUUCCUGGCCCACCACCCUGACGGACCCCAUUUUGGCCGCAAUCACAUUUACCAAGGGACACUGGAGCUCCCCACACCACUCAUUGCUGCCCACCAGCUAUACAACUAUGUGGCUGAUCAUGCCAGCUCUUACCACAUGAAGCCAUUGCGAAUGGCCCGGCCAGGGGGUCCAGAGCAUAACGAGUAUGCCCUGGUGUCGGCGUGGCACAGCUCUGGCUCCUACCUGGACUCUGAGGGACUUCGCCACCAGGAUGACUUUGAUGUGUCUCUGCUUGUCUGUCACUGUGCUGCACCCUUUGAGGAGCAAGGAGAGGCUGAGCGGCAUGUUCUGCGGCUGCAGUUCUUCGUGGUGCUCACCAGCCAGCGAGAGCUAUUCCCCAGACUCACUGCUGACAUGCGCCGGUUCCGGAAGCCACCCAGACUGCCCCCUGAGCCUGAAGCUCUGGGGAGUUCAGCUGGUAGCCCUGGAGAGGCCUCAGGGCUUGUUCUGGGCCCUGGACCAGCUCCUCUGUUCCCACCACUGGCUGUAGAGGUGGGCAUGGCACGGGCACGGCUGGCUCAGCUGGUACGACUGGCUGGAGGGCACUGUCGUCGGGACACCCUCUGGAAGCGCCUCUUCUUGCUGGAGCCACCAGGGCCUGACCGACUACGGCUAGGGGGGCGCCUGGCCCUGUCAGAGCUGGAGGAACUCCUAGAGGCAGUCCAUGCCAAAUCCAUUGGGGACAUUGACCCCCAGCUGGACUGCUUCCUGUCCAUGACGGUCUCCUGGUACCAGAGCCUAAUCAAGGUUCUACUAAGCCGCUUCCCCCAGAGCUGUCGCCACUUCCAGAGCCCAGACUUGGGAACACAGUACCUGGUUGUGCUGAACCAGAAGUUCACUGACUGUUUUGUGCUAGUGUUUCUGGACUCUCACUUGGGAAAGACGUCUUUGACAGUGGUUUUCCGAGAGCCCUUCCCAGUGCAGCCCCAAGACAGUGAAAGCCCCCCUGCCCAGCUGGUCUCCACCUACCACCACCUGGAGUCUGUCAUCAACACAGCCUGUUUUACCCUCUGGACCCGCCUCCUCUGAGGGAGUGGACCACUGAAUGUCACUGUUCCUCAAGUCAUGGAUCUACAAGAUUACCCACCUAAAGUGGAAUGGACCAGCCCUUCUGGGCCCUAUUGCAAGACCAGAUGCUGAGUGAUAUCAAAGGCUUUGUGACUGUGUCCUGGGGGUGUAUUGCCCAGCCUGGCAGCAGGGACUGCCCUCCCUAAACACUCACAGCUGCUGACCAACCCAGGACUCCAGAGGGUCAGGUCAGCCCCCUGAGGUGCCCAUUCCCCUUGGAUCCCUGGGCCCUUCCAAGGGAGUCUUGGGAGUUCCGCACACCAGGUGACAAGCACUCACCCUGAGUCUCCCUGCUGGACCCUGCCCCCGCAGCCUCUGCUGUCAGCCACCUGCCCUCCUUGAGCCCUCUGGGCUUCAUUUCCCACUUGGACACCACUGCUGGAUAUUGCCAUUGAGAUAAGACCUUGGUUCCAGUUCCUUUGAAGCAUCCAUGACCACUGUCAAGUCCCUUUGCUCUCGGACCCUUGGUUUCUCGUGCUUAAGUGAGGUGUGCUGAAAAGCUCUCCUGUCUCCACAGCAGCCCUGGCACUGAGUGGAGGAUCUGAACAUGAGCUGUGUGUCCCUUCUCAACAGGAGGGAAGCAACCCAGAGAAACGGAAGUGUUAGACACUAUGUGUCGCCCCACCCCAUAACACAGACCAUAUAAAAACUUUC